CCUUGCUCUCUGCCAGGUUCAACUCUGUACGGCCUGCGACGGUUCCUUCAGGCUAACGAAACCCGUCUUUUCCCUUUUCCCCCAGAGCCCUCCUUCCAGCUACUUUUCUUGGUCCAUAAUAUCAUCCAUCCAUCUCGCUGUCCCCGUCUCUCAAGCGCUCUCUCUCUCUUCUCUCUGUUCUCCCGGACCUCCCUCCCUUCAUCAACUUGACGAUUUCUCCUUCGUCCCUUCGUCCAACCUCGCCUCGUCUCGCCUUGUUGUUGUUGUUGUCUCCGCCUUGUACUACGACAACCUUUCGUGCAGUCCCCAGAAAGUACCGCCGUAUGAAAACUACACCACAUUUGGCUGUUACAGAGACAAUCCGCGACAUUCCAAGCUACCUGCUUCUCUUCAUUUUCACACUCCCCCCCUUCUCUCUCUCUCUCCUUCUCUCACCCCUUUCGUCGCAUUCUUGCCCUUACUUCCCGGAGACCCUGCGCUCUCUACCCGAAUUCCGAAGAAGGCUUCCUCCUGUCAGCAAGUCCACAGAUCGAUCUUCGGGGAAGGAAAAGAAGUGGAAGAACAAGGGGAACAAGAGAGGUCACACACACAGACAGACUCAGCCUGGUAUGCCGGCCAAGUGAUUCAGCCAGCUAGUCAGCCAGCAAAGCCAACUGAAACCCACGAGUCGAGAGUCGACACCAUUUGCAACACCACCUACCGGUCUACUACCGCCCGCCUGCACUCAUUGCUUGCUUGCCUGCCUGCCUGCUAAGAGGCAGUACUGUCACUUCUGCGGCAGCCGCUACUGCUGUUUAUUACACUACCGACAACCGACUCCUCUCUCUCUCCCUUUCCCCCUCCUCGCCGCGCAAAUGUUUACACAACCAGUCUCAUCGCCACCGACCGUGGGCCCCGUGCCAACAUCUGUCACCAAUCCCGCCUCGCCCUCUACGAGAUCCAGUCGUUUGCGAGGCCUCAGUUAUCUCCGCAGCUACACCCAGAACCACAUUUUGUCCCGCGAACACAGCAGCAGUCAAGGCUCUAACUCACCAACCUCCAACUCGCACUCCCACUCCCACUCUCACCUGCAUCACAACACCGGCGCCAAUUCGCACCCUCAGACCCAAACUCAAACUCAAAACCAAAACCACGCCAACCGAUCCGUCUCUAGCUCUGGUCGUCCGACCCAAAGCCUGCAGCGCUCUCUCAGCUAUACGCCUACUUCUACCCCUCGUCGCUCCGACACCGACGCCAGUCUGAACCCUUUGUCCCUCGUUGCCUCGUUGCAGGAGCCUCCCUCAUCAGCAUCGUCUGCGAGCAAGGCUUCCACCACGCCCUCUUCCCCUGCUGUAGAGCGCCCCUUGGCGGAUGCGCUCCCUUCCAUCAUCGACAACGGUAUUGCGACCAGCAGCAGUUUACCCCAGCAGCAGCAGCAACAGCAACUGACGGUCGACACCGAAACCGCGACCAUGACCAGAGCACGCGCUUCUACGACAGGCGAUGCACCGGCCGCCGCGUCCCCUGCACCCGAAAACCUGCCCUCGAUCCGUUUUUCGGCCUACUACGAUCCCCGCGCGACGCGUCCCAGUCUAACUUUCCCCCCUGUUUCGCGGACUUUGCCUUCGGGCGGCGAGAUCAUCAGGGUUGGGCGGUACUCCGAACGGGACAACCAGCCCAGCAUCCCCCACAACACCCCUUCGGCUGCUCCAGUGGGGUUCAAGAGCAAGGUGGUCAGUCGCCGCCACUGCGAGUUUUGGUACGAUGACGGCAAGUGGUACAUCAAGGAUGUUAAGAGUUCUUCUGGCACCUUUCUCAAUCACAUCCGCCUAAGCCCGCCCGGCACAGAGUCGAAACCUUUUCCUGUGAAUGACGGCGACAUUGUGCAGCUUGGGAUUGACUUCAAGGGAGGCGAGGAGAUGAUCUUUCGCUGCGUCAAGAUGCGCCUGGAGCUCAACCGAGGCUGGCAGAACAAGCUCAACACCUUCAACAUGGCGACGCACAAGCGCCUGCGCAACAUGACAGCGGCGAACUCGGCGAAUUCUUCAACGCAGGAUUGCUCCAUUUGUCUCAACUCCAUCGCGCCGUGCCAGUGCCUGUUCGUGGCGCCUUGUUCGCAUACUUGGCAUUUCAAGUGCAUCCGUUCCCUCCUCAACUCUCCACAGUAUCCCAUCUUCGUCUGCCCAAACUGCCGCAUGGCUGCCGACCUCGAGGCUGAUAUCGAGGAUCCCGAAGAGGAUUGGGAGCAGAUGGACGAGGACGAAGAACCGGAGCAGAAGCAGCUGAAGCAGGAGACCAAUGCGAACGCAGCUGUUCCGGCCGAGCCUAUUCCGGCCGAGCCUAUUCCUGCCCCUCCCCCUUUGGCAAGCUCAAGACCCCAACUGCCCGAAAUCGAACACGACGACGAUGCUAUGGACUUCACGGUUGCCCUUGACCGAGCUCAAACCAUGGCAGAAGCGCCAGAGGCUGCGCCGCGGACAGUCGCUCCCCACACGUCAAUCCCGCCUGUUCCAAUUCCGGCCGUGGCAGCCGCCCAGGCAGCCGCCUCGCGAAGUGGUCGUGACACCCGCACCCCCUCGCCGAUUGGAAAUCACUUGGUAACUGCCAACGAAGGCCCAAUCACCCCGCGUAACGAUGCCGGGCCAUGGGUGUUUGACGGAAGCGCUGGUCGUCGUGCAGCGGAGGCAUCCAACGGAAUGAGGAGUCUCAAUGCGGCUGCCGAAAUGGAUGUCGAUCGGUAGAGCCGGUUCAGGCAUAUCCACAAACGCCGGAAGCAGCGAACAACACCCUUGGGUCUGAAGCGGAGGUCAAGAGUUAUGUCACCGGGAUAGAAUACUGAGAAUCGGCGGAUGACGGAGACGGAAGAAUCAUAGUAGGGCUCCCCUGCCCAGUGUCGUCUUCCGUAUUCCGUCUUGGGUUGUUCUGAUUCCCAACUCCCACUGGGUAUCCUCGUCGUUUCUUCGAAAGAGCAGACGCAACAAAGGCUUGUGCGGGUACUUUUGUUAAUUAUUCGUAACCGGAUACGACGUUAGCAUUCCUCGGUGGAGUAUGGGAAGAGGGAAGCGAGGCGUGUGGUGUGCGGUGUCAGGCGUUUAAAUGCAUUGUGGAGCGCUCUGUCCUUACUAACCACAGCGGAACAGAGCUAUGUUGAUUUUCUAUGACUGGCUUAACGGGAGCAAUACGCUGGGAGGUUGGGCAUCAUCUAUUUCGGCUACGAAUGCUACUUAUAGAGGACAAUGGGGCACUUGCAUCCAGCGGAGUCGAAACGAUAGCAUACACUAACUAAUAUAUACUUGGCUGAUGAUAGCGCCUUGUCUCAUGACCGGAAUGCAAC